AAAUGUCGGCGUUAGACAACCCACAUGAUAAUUUCGUGUUGCUUCGGGCACCUAGCCUAGUCAUGAAGGUGUGAGCGACGGUGUGGUACAGUGUAACCCUUUCGUGAAAUACUGUGAUGUUUCGUGUAGUUUAAGCCAGUGGUUGUUGUUUCAGCAUGGCACCCGCACCGGACCUCACCAGACCAGGUCUUUCUCUCCCCGGCCGAAGAAAACCGCAGCGGGAAUGGACUGUGCUUGCAUUUGUGCUUGCUGUGCUAAGGCUGACCACGGCCUUCAACCUGGAUACCGACCUGGCGCGGGUGCUGGUCGGGCCGAACAAGACUCACUUCGGGUACUCAGUCGCUUUGUGGGAGGAUGAGAGGAGGAAAUACAGGCUGGUCGUGGGGGCGCCCAGAGGAACCGCUGCCACAGAUGCGAAUGGUACAAUCCCCCUUGGAAACGUGCACCUGUGUGAACCGUUUGGUACCGAUUGUCCACCUUAUCCUGGCCUGCCGAAGCUCUCGAGCGCAGACGCGAGCAAGCCCGGCGCUGCUCGGGGGAGGUUUACUAGCUCAGGGCAUUGGAUUUGGGGAGACGGUCUUCGCCACGGAUUCUGCGAGCUCAAAACUGGCGGUCUGCGCCCCUCGAUACCCAAGGAGAGCCAGUAUAUACGUCGCCCUCCAACCCCGUGGCGCGUGUUUCGUUCUGCACAACGCUCGAGGCCAAUAUGUCAAGGUCCUUCCUUAUCCUGAUGAAUGCUAUUACCUCCACGGGAAAUGCUUCAAGAACACGAAUGUCUACACGGGAUACGCCCUCCACGGCUUCAGUGUAGCCAUGAGCGAGGUAACACAUAGACACACACACGCUCACACACGCACACAUAGGCAGAUGCACUCAUAUAUGCACACGCACACCACAACGGGAUUCAGGCUUGAAGAGUAG